CUCAUUAGUUUGAAGAAAAUACUCGUCUAAUCAACACACUACUGCAAUACGUAAUAAACAAUUUAAUCAUCUCCACAAAAAAAUAAGGAAAACAAUUCAAUAAAAAUAACUCACAAACAAUAACUAAAUAACAAUUGAAUUCUAAUUAAAAUGUCCUCCUCUCCCACCAAAGAAGAAUUAAAAAAAUACUACGAUGUUACCUUGGACUUGGUAAUGAAAUGUGGUCCCAUAAUGCGUGAGGGCUAUAUGAAAACAGAAUCUACAUAUGAAGUUAAAUCGGCCUAUUACGAUUUGGUCACUGUGUAUGAUAAACAAAUAGAAGAUCUAUUAAUAUCUGGUUUACAAGCGGCAUUUCCUGAAUCAAAAGUUAUAGGUGAAGAAGAGUCGGCUGCUAAUAAACGUUUAGCUGAAUUAACUGAUGCUCCCACUUGGAUUAUUGAUCCCAUAGAUGGUACUACAAAUUUUAUAAAUCGUAUACCACACUGUUGUAUAUCUGUGGGUUUGGCCAUAAAUAAAGAAUUAGUUGUGGGUGUUGUUUACAAUCCCAUUGCAAAUGAAAUGUAUUCAGCUUGGAAGGGUCAUGGUGCCUAUUUAAAUGGUCAACCUAUUGAGGUUUCUAAAAAUUGUACUUCGAUUAAAAAUGCUGUUGUAGGCUUUGAGAUCUCAUUGAUACAUGUGCCCGCGGUAAGAGAUAAAAAUGUUAAACGUUUGUGCAAAUUGGCCUCUAACGGUACUGGCACACGUGGAAUGGGUAGUGCAGCUUUAAUGAUGUGUUACGUGGCUAAAGGUAGUUUUCAAUGUUUUCAUGUCGAGGAUUUACAGCCUUGGGAUAUAGCGGCCGGUGCUAUUAUAUUAACUGAAGCGGGUGGAUUUAUAACACAUACUAGUGGUGCUCCUUUUAAUAUUAUGAAACCUGAUUUGAUUUGUGCUUCUACUAAGGAGCUAUUAAAGGAGGUGAAGGAAUUAAUUGAGGAAGCAGAUGCUUUAACUGAUUUUGAAUUUAAGUAAGAACAAGAGAUUUGUUAAAUAGAAGUAAGGAAUUUAAACAGCUAGUUGGAAAGUAUAUUGCUUGACUGUCUUUAAAUUUAAAUAAAUGUUGGUAUUUAGAAUGAAA